UGCAGAUCGUCCCUGGUUCCUGUCUUUGGAUUUGGACAAAAUGACUGUUUUCAUAUUCCUGCCAGCCUUGACUACUUCAAGAGCUACAAAACAGGACGCACAAGGCUGGAAAAAUGGUUUAAGAUUCUCAUCAGAAACACAUUAACCACUUUUUGUGGGAAAUACAAAUUCAUCCCAGCUCUUCCUUACAAUAAGCCUAUUACUGUUGUAGGUAUGAUAUGGAAUAAAUAUUUAGCUACAAAACUAAAUAUGCUGUACUUGCUGCAAACUGACUCUGACCAACUGAUUUACCAGGAAUUUAAUGACCUGACUAAUAGUCCUAAACGAGUAAUUUUUUUCAUUUUCAUUCUUUUCUCAGUUGGCUCACCAAUUCAUGUAGAGAGGGUAACAAGUCCAAGCAAUGAACAAAUCAAACAACUUCACACUGAGUAUGUCAGAGAAUUAAAAAAAUUGUUUGAAGAAAACUGUUCAAAGUACAACAUCCCUAAAGACACUGGAAUCAUUAUUCAGUAACUUAAUUUAUGCCAGUAGUCAUUCACCUUAACUUAAAACCCUGUAACUACUCAGUAAGUCAUUUAUGUUUUCACAUCUGCAGGAAUCCCUCCAUUCCCUGACAGCGCCCCAAAGACAUUAAACUUAAAAAUUUUAUAGAUAGAGAGGUUGCUGGGAUGAGAAGAAGCUUGUUCUUGCUUAGUUCAACUAUACAUCAGAAUGAUAGGCAUUGUAAAUUAUAUUACUAGUGUACUUGAAAAAAGGCAUGACUUUGUUUUAUCUCAUUAACUCAUACUUAUUUUCUAUUCUUGCUUUCUUUUAUAUUUUCCUAACCAGAACAAACUUUUCAAAGGUUUAUUACACAACUUUUUAUCCAAAAGAGAUAAUUUAAGUACCUACUUUUUUACAAUAUAAUUUAUAAAGUAAGAAUUUUGUAUAAAAAUAGAUCUACAAUAUAUUUUUUUAUUGGGUAAUUAAAGUUAUGAAUAUCUGUAAAAGUAUUAUUAAAUAAUUACAGGAGAUUAAUAAUUUAUUAUUCUAUUUAACAUGACUACUCAGUUUAUCUAUCAGCUAUUCUUGGUUUCUUUCUUGGGAUGAAGAAUGCUUCAUUCAUGCAUUUUCAAUAUUCAACUGGGAAUGGGCAAAUUU